AUGACUGAUCAAGCUGCUCCUGAACCUAUCUUUGUCGAUCUUCAUGAUAACUCCAAACCAGCCGAAAUUGAGAGCUUAUGCAUGAAGUGCCAUGAAAUGGGCACAACACGCAUGCUCUUUACCAAGAUUCCCCAUUUCAAGGAAAUCAUUAUCAUGGCAUUCGAGUGUUCUCACUGUGGAUUCCGUAACAAUGAAUUGCAAAGUGCAGGUGCAUUCAACGAAAAGGGUCAGACAGUCAGCUGCCGUGUUGCUGGCAAAGAAGACUUGGACCGCCAACUUGUCAAAUCCGACUUUGCAUCUGUCAAGUUUGAAGAACUUGAUCUCGAAAUCCCACCUAGCCGACGACGCGGUCUAUUGACGACGAUCGAAGGUCUUAUUGGCAAUGCCAUUGAAGAUUUAGCCGCGGGCCAGCCCGUACGACAACACACGGAUUCAGACGUUUACAACAAGAUCGAAGCCAUCAUCCAGCAGUUGACAGCGUAUCAAGAAGGCAAACAAGACUUUACAUUGACCAUUGAUGAUGCCUCGGGCAACUCGUAUGUUGAAAACAAAUGUCUUCCAGCACAAGAUCCCAAACUCAACAUUCGUUGGUACGCCCGAACGCCCGAACAAAACGAGUUUUUGGGUCUGUCUUCUGAACAACAACAACAACCAGAAGCUUCUGCUGCUGCUACAGGCGAUGACGAAACACCCGAAGUGUUGUCAUUUCCUGCUAAUUGCUCCCACUGCAACGCUCCUAGUGAAACCAACAUGCACGUCAUGGAUAUUCCGCACUUUAAGGAGGUCGUCAUUAUGGCUACCAGCUGUCAACAAUGUGGUUACAAGAGCAAUGAAGUCAAGGCGGGUGGUCCUAUCUCGGAACAGGGCAAGCGCAUCACUCUUAAAAUCACUGACUCUGAAGACUUGUCGCGUGAUAUCUUGAAGUCUGAAACCUGCGGUUUAUCGAUUCCUGAAAUUGACUUGGAACUGACGCCAGGUACACUCGGUGGCCGAUUUACCACAGUGGAAGGUCUGUUGAGACAAGUGCACGAUGAAUUACAAGAACGUGUUCCAUUCAUGCAAGGUGACUCGACUACGGACGAAAGCCGACGACGAUGGAACGAAUUCUUGGAGAAGUUGAGCGAGGUGGCAGAUGGCAAGCGUAUUCCGGUGACGUUGAUUCUCAAUGAUCCCUUGUCCAACUCGUACCUCCAAAACUUGUACGCACCCGAUGAUGAUCCGGAAAUGACGAUUGAAAGUUAUGACCGUGAUUGGGAGACCAAUGAAGCCCUUGGCUUGAACGAUAUCAAGUUGGAGAAUUAUCAACAGCAAGAAGGAGAAGAUCGUCAGCCGCAUCAGGACGAGCAGGAGAGCAAAAAGAGAAGAGUUGAUUAG